CAGCAAGCUAAAAAUAUCAGCCAAAAAAUGAGUAUGGUAGUCAUUUGGACUUUCCCGGCUGUGGCGCCUCUUCCUCAUUUAUCCCAUCACUCAACAGUCAACACUACCGGCUACCGCCCUUCCUCAAUUUCCUUUUCUUUUUUCUUCCCCAAGAAAAAAAAAAAAAAGCUCCAAUCUCAAUUAGAUACUUCAGUUAGAUGCUUUACUGCUCAGGAAAUAGCAACAGCUAAAUUUUUUUUUACUGUUUGAAUCACUCGAUUCGCGUGAGUUUUCUUUUUGACAAGUUUGAUAGUUUUUUAGCAGCCUCCAGAUGUGUUCUCUGCAGUUGCCGAAUUGCAGAGGCGUGGACCAGUCGAAGUUCGCAGUUAAAUUUUGUCCGGUCGAGAAGAAGGCUCGGAAUAGCAAUGUCGCGUUCGAUUCGUCGUUUAGGCCCGGAGGUUUGGGUUUGUGCGAUGAGCUACAGAUGAAGAGGCGGCUGCGGCCGAGCGGGAGGAAUUCUAGGGUUUUUGUGAUGUCUUCGGGCGAGUUGAAGAUGAAUCUGAACGAGUACAUGGUGACGCUUGAUAGACCGCUGGGCAUCCGUUUCGCGCUCUCGCUUGACGGAAGAAUUUUCGUGCAUGCGCUUCAGAAAGGGGGUAAUGCUGAGAAGUCGAGAAUAGUUAUGGUGGGGGAUACAUUAAAGAAGGCGAGCGAAUCAUCUGGUGGGAAGCUUAUCGAGAUCAGAGACUUUGGAGAUACAGAGAGUCUUAGAAACGAGAAAUCGGGAUCAUUUAGCCUUGUUCUUGAGAGACCUUUCUCACCGUUUCCUAUCCAUCAACUUUUUCGUGUUGAUGAUCUUGAUGUUUUGUUCAAUCGAGGCCGUGUUCCAGUUGUUACUUGGAACAAAAAUAUACAGGCAUCAAAUCUGAAGAGUGGUGGUAAUUCUGGGUUUGUGGUUUUUUGUCCAAAGUUUUUAACUACCCAAGGGAGGAACUAUUUAAACAAUCAAAACAAGAAUGACCGGUUGCAAAUGGUUAAUAACACCCCUACCCCACCAUUCAGUCCUCUAGUAGCAAUUUUCACGGAACAAAUGUCUCAAGAUGCUGAGUGGGCCCAUGGGAACUUCCCGUUGGAUGAGUAUGCGCUGGCAUUGGAACGUGCGGAGGGGGAUCUCCAUUAUAAUCAUUCUCUUGGUAUGCGCUAUAGUAAGAUCACGGAACAGAUCUAUGUUGGUUCAUGUAUUCAAACUGAAAGCGAUGUAGAGAAUUUGUCUACAGCUGCGGGAGUUACUGCUGUCCUGAAUUUUCAGAGCACAAUUGAAGCUGCAAACUGGGGAAUUGAUUCAAAUUCAAUCAAUGAGUCAUGCCAAAAAUUUAAUAUUCUUAUGAUUAACUAUCCAAUAAGGAAUGCAGAUUCUUUUGACGUGAGGAAGAAACUGCCAUUCUGUGUUGGUCUUCUACUACGUUUACUUAAGAAGAAUCAUCGUGUUUAUGUCACUUGCACAACUGGAUUUGAACGGUCUCCUGCUUGUGUGAUUGCAUACCUCCACUGGAUGACAGAUACCUCUCUUCAUGCAGCUUGCAAUUUUGUUACUGGGUUGCAUUCCUGCAAGCCUGAUCGGCCAGCAAUUGCCUGGGCCACAUGGGAUCUCAUGGCCAUGGUCGAAAGAGGCAGACAUGAUGGGCCUCCGACCCAUGCUUUGACCUUCGUGUGGAACGGACUCGAGGGAGAAGAUGUAUACUUGGUGGGGGAUUUUACUGGGAACUGGAAAGAGCCGAUCAAGGCCGUCCAUAAGGGUGGUCCAAGAUACGAAGUUGAAGUUAGACUUCCUCAGGGGAAGUAUUAUUACAAAUACAUAACUAAUGGAAACUGGAGGCAUUCAACAGCUUCACCGACUGAAAGGGACGACCGGGGAAAUAUUAACAAUGUGAUAGAAAUUGGUGAUACUGCCAGCGUGAGACCUUCUGUCCAGCCGCAAAAGAAGGAUGCAAAUAUUGUGAAAGUCAUUGAGAGGCCGUUGACCGAGAAUGAGCGCUUUACGUUGGCAAAGGCAGCUCGAUGUUGUGCUUUUGCUGUCUGUCCAAUAAAGCUGGCACCAAAAUGACAGCCGAACAUUUCAGCACAUGACAUUAAUUUCGUGGGGAACAUUUUUCUAUACAAGAAUAUAAACAUUCUAUGUGUGAAAAUGUAGCUUGAACCAACUGAUCUUGUUCAUACUCGUUGGAGUACUAGCAAAGUCCUCAAAUCGUCAAAAGGAAAAGUGUGUGUCCCAUUUGAUGUGCUAAAGCAAAUAGUUAUUCAUAGAGUCUUAUCCUGUAUGUUGUGUUGAAAAAUUCCGUGAUAUUGUACGAAGAAAAGCUGCGGUUAAUGUAAGUAUAGUUCAUCAAACUUCUUUCAUAGCCUAUUGAAACCAAAAUGGGCCCAGGAAUGUGUGGCUGGUCUAAAUAUUGGCCCAAAUAAAGUCAAUUCCAAAUGGCUUCUGUAGUUUUCAAAAGUUUUCAAGUAUUCAUAGUUUUAA